UUGACAAUGACAUUCAUGAAAAUAUCACGCAUUCGAAAAUUGAAAUUAAUUCCUCGUCAUUCAGUAAAUUGGCGCGCUCGGGUAUUUCCGCUUUACUGAAAGGGGAGCGCGCUUUCUAAAUAUUUUUUAUUUUUAUUUGUGUCUAGUGCAAAUAUUACCAUAAUGUGGAAGUUAUUGUUUAUAUCGUUAACUAUUAUGUAUAUCGGCGAAUGUUCGCCACACGACAAACAUCACACACGAUGGACGGGAACAACUAAUGAUAUCAUAACGCUCAAACCUCAUCACAAAAUGCACGGCCCUCCUGACCACAAGAAGUUGGUUGCAAUGGCGAGAUACGUACUACACAACGUUGAUUGGGCGUCGAUAGCUUCCAUAUCGGUGCUGCCGGCCAUCGAAGGGUUCCCCUUCUCAAAUGUGAAGUCGGUGGUGGACGGCUCGAUGGCGAACUCCACGGGUAUUCCGUACUUUUACAUGUCGCCCUUGGAUUUCACCGCUCGAGACUUGGCGAAAAACAGCCGCUCCACCGUGUUGGUAUCACUCGAAGAGACGAGGUAUUGUGAAAAUCAAAAUUUCGACCCCGAAGACCCAAGAUGUACCCGACUUAUGCUUUCUGGAAAGAUGAAGAAGGUUAAAGAAGGCACCCCAGAGUACGUGUUUGCCAAGGCAGCACUGUUCGAGAGGCACCCAGCUAUGGCCAACUUCCCACCAGAUCACAACUGGUUCAUCGCCAAGAUGAAGAUAGCUCAAAUAGCGAUGGUGGAUUGGUUCGGUGGAGCCAAAUACGUCCCGGUCAAAGACUACCUCGCAUACAACUACACUGGCAAUGAAAUGUUGGACUACCACAAUAGACUGCACUACAAUUUGGAUAAAGCUUAAUUUUUUUAAUUUCAUGUAAAGCUGGAAAUAUAAUAGCGUGUUCUAGAUUAAAUUCAGAGUUUUCUAAUCUUUUCUGAAGGUUAUAUGAUAUACAUUAGUAUAGAAACAUUAGUAUAGAAACGUGUUUUUACAAAAUUAUUUAAUUUAAAUUCUAUGAAUCUGAAAUAAAACUAUUUUAUUACUAUUUCUAUUAAAUAUUUUUUUAUUUGUAUUAUUGAAACAUUUACUUAUUGGUUAUGAUUAUUGUUGCAAUAGUCAUACUUAUGUAUAACACUUUUGUUAUUCUAGCGCAUCAUGAUACACACUAAUUAUAUUUCUGGUUACAUAGAAUAAUGUGAAUAUGCGUGUAGUAUGAAUAAAAAGAAAAAAAAACCAAUAAAAUGAAA